AAAGUGGGCUUAAAGGAAGUGAGAGGUGCUGUGCUUGUGUAAUAACCGCACUGGCUAUUAAGACUGGAAUAGAACGAAAGGGGAAGCAAAUAAAAUAUCGAUCUCAUCAUACAAGUAUCGAUCAAUACCAAUACUUAUCGAUACUGUUUAUAUUUUAGAUUGUAUAGUCUCUUACUUAAAGCGUGUGCUGCAGAUUAACGUGAGACUGGGCUCUGCUGACUGGGCAUCAUGGCAGAAAGGAAAAGAAGUGCUGUUUGGAGCUAUUUUACAGCACUGGACAAAUACAUUGCAAUUUGUGGUGUUUGUGAAAAACGAAUUCGAUACUGUGGCAACACUACAAAUUUAUACAAACAUAUUAAAAUGCACACGGAAGUGAACAUGGAGCUGCAAACCAAAAGGAGAGAGGAGGAAAUGAAGAAGGAGCGAGAUCACCAAAGCGGGCCCGGCCCCUCGGUACUGACUGAGGGAUCACUGGAAGAGGUUCUUCACCAUGGUCACCAACAUUCAGGAGGGUCCACAAACAAUCUUCACAGACACCUGAGAGCUGUGCACCCAGAUGUUCAGUUGGCGGUAAAAAGGAAGUUGAGCGAGUCUACUCCUGCCCCCGACUUAGCUCCGAUUGAUGGCGAUCCUGAUCCUACUGCCACAACUACACUGUCUGCUCCUUGUGCACCAGGUACACCCUUCAGGGUUUCACCCAAGAAAAGAAAAAUCACCAUCAUGGACCAAGUUUCUGCUCUAGUGUCAGAGACGGUCGCCCAGCUCGGUGAAAUGGACGCAGCCAUGCAGGCACAGGAAGACGCACGACUGCAGCUGUUAAUGGAGCAUGAGAGGGAAAUGCAGAACAAUCUAAUAUGUCAGCUGACGACCAUGCAUGACAACAUCAUUAAACAAAACCAUGAGAGACACCUUGAGCUGGUGGACAGGUUACUGUCUAGAUUUCCUUCAUCGUCUUCAGACAGCUGAAGGACUGUUCCUGCAAGGGACUGUCCUGUGUCUGACAUGCCUGUCCAUUUUCCUCUUUAUUUUUACUCCAUUUUUAAUUAGUUCUAGAGACCAUUCAUCCUUACAGCCUGAUUCUAUUUUCUCUACACUGUCACAAAUGUACGUGAAAACCGGCCUUGACUCACAAAGCAGGCACUAGUUCUGCUUCACUACUUUUGCUUUUGAUACAGAACUGGUGUUUCAUUCAUGCUCUUCUCCUCUUAUGAUGGGUUACUUUUAUAUUUUUGGCUUUUUUCUAAUAACAUUUGGUUAACCUUAGCUAAUUAAUCUCUGGGUUAAUCCCUUUGUAAGCUAAAUGAUAGAGCGUUUUUUGUUUGGUUUGGGUUUGUUUGUUUUUUUUUAAUUUGAAGUUUUUCAAACAGAUUUUCAAAUUUUUAUUUAUCUAACUUUUGUCUGUUUCCUGACCUACUUUUGAAUAUGUCUGCUAAGUUAAGGCUGUGUCCAACCCUAAGCACAUGACCUUAUCACCUGAAGCUGCAAUAACCCCCUUCAUAUAAUCACUUGAUGAAAAGAUGAUUAAACCACGUCAUAACGCAGUGGUGUCAGUGGUGCAAAAUGGAGUAUU